UUCUAGAUGCUUUCUUGAGUCUGCUGGUAGCCACCCACAGACACUUGGAAGGAGGAGAGAAGUCCACCUGGCAGAGACACUCUGAAACGAGGGAUUAGAGACCGGAUCCAAGGAGCAAGAACUACAGCUGAAAGACAAGGGAGCAGGCCCUGAAAACACUACUACUCAGAGAUCCACCAUGGCCUCUCUUGGCCUCCAACUUGUGGGCUACAUCCUAGGCCUCCUGGGGCUACUGGGCACGAUGACUGCCAUGCUUCUCCCCAACUGGCGAACAAGCUCUUACGUUGGUGCCAGCAUUGUGACAGCAGUCGGGUUCUCCAAGGGCCUCUGGAUGGAAUGCGCCACACAAAGCACCGGCAUCACCCAGUGUGACAUCUACAGCACCCUGCUAGGCUUGCCUGCUGAUAUCCAGGCUGCUCAGGCCAUGAUGGUCACUUCCAGUGCCUUCUCCUCCCUGGCUUGUAUUAUUUCUGUGGUGGGCAUGAGAUGCACGAUCUUCUGCCAGGAAUCUCGAGCCAAAGAUAGAGUGGUGAUAGCAGGUGGAAUCUUCUUCAUCCUUGGAGGUCUCCUGAGCUUCAUCCCUGUAGUCUGGAAUCUUCACGGCAUCCUACGGGACUUCUACUCACCACUGGUGCCUGACAGCAUGAAAUUUGAGAUCGGAGAGGCUCUUUACUUGGGUGUGAUUUCCUCUCUCUUCUCCAUGGUAGCUGGAAUCAUCCUCUGCUUUACUUGCUCAUCCCAGAGAAAUCGUUCCAACUAUGAUGCCUACCAGGCCCAGCCCCUCGCCACCAGGAGCUCUCCAAGGCCUGGUCAAGCUCCCAAAGCAAAGAGUGAGUUCAAUUCCUACAGCCUCACAGGGUAUGUGUGAAGCAUCAGGGGCCAGAGUCGGGGGGAUGGCUGGGUCU